AUGAUGGACUCGGUCACAGGACUGAUUGCUGGGGCAGCAGGGGGCGGAGCUCAGGCUAAUGAGGGCGUUGAGGAAGGGGGCGGAGUCAGGCGGAGAGCCCCUCCUAUUGAGAUGAAGCUGGUGCCGCUGGAGGGGUCAGAUGUCACGCUCAACAGUGACAUCACCGCACUGAUGCUGCAGCAGCACGUCAACCGCAGGAAAGCAGCAGUUUACCUCACACUGACCGGCCUGCUGAUCUUCACCACAGCGUUCCUGCUGGGAUACGUGGCGUUCCGCGGGAUGUGUCAUCUGUGCCGCAGCGAGCCGGACAACAUUCCUCUGAGCGACGCACUGGGAGACGACCGGCAGCCUGAGGAAGUAGUUCUGUACAUGGCGGAGCUCAGAGAGAUGCUGAAGAAAUACCUAAAGGAGGAGCGCAUCGAGAACACACUCAGGCGAGUGAGCCGGGAGUCUCAUCCUCCGGGCUCAUCUGAAGGAAACGCCAUCGCCAGAGAAAUCCUACAGAACCUGCAGAACCUAGGCAUGGACCACACCUGGACCGACUCGCACUACGCCACACUGCAGUUUCCCUCCAGGACGCAUCGGAACACUCUGUGGUUGGUCGACUCUGAGGGGGCGGAGCUUGAAGAGAUUUCAUUGGACAGUGAGGGAUACUGUGCCUAUAGUGCCACUGGAACAGCCACGCUCAACGGCUCCAUCGCCAUGGUGAGGGUCGGAGGGGGCGUGAGCUUCGCUGAGAAGGUGUGGCUUGCGCAGGAGGCGGGGCAUGUGGGCGUUCUCAUCUACCCUGAUCCUGCCGAUGUUCCGCAAGAUCCACGGCGGCUCGGGCUCCAUAGCAACGCCGUCAUCUCAGAACACGUGCAUUUGGGCUCUGGUGACCCGUUCACCCCUGGGUUUCCCUCAUUUAACCACACCCAGUUCCCAUCCACACAAUCCUCAGGCCUGCCAAUCAUUCCGGCUCAGCCAAUCAGUGCCAAUGUGGCUGCCAAACUGCUGAGUCAGCUCUCAGGUGCAGUGUGCCCGCGGGGUUGGCAGGGUCGUCUGCCGUAUGUUCAGUGUGUUCUGGGUCCGGGUUUCUCUGGUGUGGGUGUGCGGCAGCUGAAGAUGGCCGUCUACAACAGCAUGAAACCUGUGCUGCUCAACAACAUCUUCGCCUCUAUUGAGGGAAAAGUGGAGCCCGAUCACUAUAUAAUAAUCGGGGCCCAGAGGGAUGCGUGGGGCCCCGGAGCCGUGAAGUCUGGUGUGGGAACGGCCCUCCUGAUGGAGCUAGCAAGAACAUUCAGCAACAUGGUGGAAAACGGCUUUUCCCCGCGGCGCAGUCUGCUGUUCGUCAGCUGGCAUGGAGGAGAGUUUGGGAAUGUUGGCGCCACCGAGUGGCUGGAGGGUUACCUGACGAUGCUGCACCUGAAGGCUGUGGCGUAUUUCAGUCUGGAUCAGGCCAUCCUGGGUGAUGAUGUCCUGUCGGUGUACAGCAGUCCUCUUCUCUCUCACCUCAUCGAAGGAGCCAUCAAACAAGUGGAGCACCCCAAACACACAGGACAGUCCAUCCUCUCUCUGGUGCAGCGGCAGGGUGGAUGGAGGAACAUAGUCAAGCCGUUGUAUCUGAACAGUGGCGCAUACAGUUUCACCGCAUUUGGAGGAGUUCCUGCCAUGCAGCUGCAUUUCACUGAGGAUGCUCGCUCUUACCCAUUCGUCAACACCCAGCUGGACAGUGUGGGGCGUCUGCAGGAACUCCUGCAAGGGCGUCUGGGCUCGGUGGGUCGGGCUGUGGGUGAACUGGUGGGUCUGAUGGUCCUCAAACUGGCCCAUGAUCACAUCCUCCCGUUGGACGUGUCUUGCUACAGCAGCAGCGCUCAGCAGCUCAGCUCCACUCUCAGCCAGCACGCUGCACAGCUACAGUCUCGAGGGUUGUCUCCGCAGUGGGUUUUCAGCGCACGCGGCGAUUACAGCAGAGCGGCCAAAAACCUGCUGGAGGCCAUCAAAAACAGCGACACGCAGGACGAAAAACUGGCCCGACUCUACAACACACGCAUCAUUAGGGUUGAGUACUACUUUCUGUCUCAGUACGUGUCGGUGGUGGAGACGCCGUUCCGGCACGUGUUUCUGGGGCGUGGAGAUCACACCAUGAGCUCUCUGGCCGAUCACCUGAACCAGCUGCGCUUGGAGCCGCAUCGCUUCGAUGAAGCCCGUUUCCGAAAACAGCUAGCGCUCUUCACAUGGACACUGCAGGGCGCUGCUAAUGCGCUCAGCGGAGACGUCUGGAACAUCGACAACCCGCUGUAG